GCGGCUAUGGCGCUUCCUGAAUGGGUGAUAACAUUCGCAGCCUCUGCAUCCUUCUUCUUUCUCUUGUUUGUUUGUAUUCGUUUUCGUCGUAAGGUACAAGUGAUCGGGAGGAAAUAUCUGCACAAAAUAAUGGCUCGUACAGAGAAGCCGCUCUUCCGAAUAGCAUACACUCUUUAUACAAGGACCAGACUGGGUUAUAUGUACUACAAGAGACAAAUGAGGAAAGCCCGCGAACACUACCCAUCAGGACAUUCCUCCACUCAGCCAAUGGAGUUCAAUGGUAUCAAAAUAAUUCCCAUCUCAGUGCUGUCUGACAACUACAGCUAUCUCAUUAUUGACACGUCUUCAAGUGUGGCAGUGGUGGUAGAUCCUGCAGACCCUCAGUCAGUACAGGCAGCUCUCGAAGCGGAAGGAGUGCUCCUAGAAGCCAUACUCUGCACACACAAGCACUGGGAUCACAGUGGAGGAAACAAAGAGCUGAAGCGUCUCCACAGCUCAUGUCGCGUGUAUGGCAGCGCUGUGGAUAAUGUCCCUGGUCUCACGCAUCCUCUCUCAAACAAGGACACUGUGGAUAUUGGACGGUUGCACUUUAAGGCCCUCUUCACUCCAGGCCACACUGUUGGUCACAUGAUUUAUCUCCUAGAUGGCAGAGCGGUUGGAGCCCCUUGUAGUCUCUUCUCUGGGGACCUGGUAUUUUUGUCAGGAUGCGGGCGAAUGUUUGAAGGCACAGCCCCCACAAUGCUGUCAUCGCUGGAUACAGUCAGCUCUUUAAGUGACAGUACUUUCUUAUGGCCUGGCCAUGAGUAUGCUGAGGACAACCUGCUGUUUGCUGCAGAGGUAGAUCCCCAGAACAGUGCCAGGGAAAACAAGUAUCAGUGGGUGCUGCAGCAGAGAGGACACAAGCAGUGCACGAGCCCUUCCACAAUUGCAGAAGAGAAGGAAUACAAUCCUUUCCUCAGGACUCACUUGGCAGACCUCCAUCGGGCCUUGGGUCUACAGCAGCAGCAGGACGAAGACUGGACCCAGUUCAGGGCCAGAGUACUGGAAGAGCUGCGCAAAAGAAAAGACCUCUACAACAGAAGAUAAUUCAUACACUAAGUCUAGGGCCUGCUAAAUGAUGGUUUAGCUGGACAUGGGAAGGAUCAAAAGGGUCUACGCACAUUCGCACAAAUUGCACAACUUUAAAAGUACGGUAAGUUGUUUCACCAUUUACUGUGACCUUACUGCAGCCAACCACUAGAGGGAGCUCGUGAAAUUUUGUUUGUUUAUUCUUGUAGUUUAGUGACCAACAACUUCAUCAACAGUUAAUACUACUUUGUCUGACUAUAUUGAACAUAAUUACUGAUCAACACUUUGCCUUGAUAAUUACCUUCAUCUCAUGAUCCUUGUAGCUUUAGAGGUACAGAUUUUCUCAGAUUUUUUGGAGCUUUGAUACAUAUCUCAAUCUUUUGAAUCAGUUUAAGUAGGUGGUGCGAUGUUUAAUAAUAUUUCUUUUGUCUAUUUGAAUAUCGGUACUAUUACCAUGCUUUUAGACUUGAACUUGUUUUUUUUUUUAACAGUGGCAAUAACUUUGAGACAAUCUGGUUUUCUUUUUUUUCUUUUUUCUUAACAAGUAUGGUACAUUUUUGCAAGAAUUAGAUACUGUUUUAAAUGUUUCUUAUGACAUUUUAUGUAGUUAUUUUGGCGGUGGCACUUUUUGUUUUGCCAUAGUUUAAAAUUUUGCUGUAUGAUUGAAUAGCUAAGAAUGGUUGAAAGGAAAUUUAAAUGAAUGAAUUACCAAAAUUACCACCGAAAUUCUGCUUAUUUUUGUAUUUGAAAGGAUGUUCUGUGAUAAUGACUGAAACAAUUUACAUAUCAAAAUAUAGACAUUUUUAAUGUCUAUAUGUGCAACUCAAUACACCCUACAGGUUGUUUCUAAAUUCCAGACUGAAGGCAACUGGAGGCAAAAGUGAAGUAGAAAAUAAUAUGAUUUCAGUGUAGAAAUUGGGAUUCCCUACAGAAUACAGUAUCACAAAAUAUGAAAAAUUUGUUUUGGUAACUGCUCAGAUAUGUAUAAGUGAUAUUUAUUGGAAUAUUAUGACAAACGUGAAUGAAUGAAAGGUAGGAAUGUUGAAUGCAACCAUGAAAGCAUCAUAAGUUUUAGGAAUACUCUAUAAAUACUUUAAAAAUUUUAUAUAUUAUAUAUCUUAUAUAUUACAAAAUAUGCCUUUUGUAAAGCUCAAAUACAGUUGGAAAAUAGUAUUUUUUCUAAGGAUGUAUCCAAUAGUGGUAUUGGAUAUCAUCGUCAAUAUAAAAACUUUAGUAGAUUAGAUAUUGGCUUCCAAAUAAUAGUUCGUUAGAUAUGUUUUUUGGACAUAUUAAUGGAUGUAAUAAGACUAUUAACCGGUCAGCAUAAUGUUAGAAUUUGUAUUUAUACAAAUCUGUUUUGUAGUUAAUUGAGAGAUAAAUAACAGCUGCAUAAUACAUUUGUAUCACGCCUUAAAGCUAUAGUAUCGGAAUUGCUGUUAGGGGAAGUGCUAGGGGUGGGCUUGAGGGAGCGCUAGCCUCCCCUAGAAUGGCCAAGGCACCCCCAUAGCUCCCCCAAAGAUUUUGCCCCUUUUCAUAGGACAUUCAACCUCGACAAAAAAUUUUCAAAUUGCAACCACAGAAUGUUCAAAAUGAGAAUUUCAUAUUGGGUUUUAUAAAUCACUACAUGGGCUAACUACAUUUAAACUUGUUUAAAACAGCAAUGCAAAUAUCGUAGGAGAAGAUGCUUGCAUCUAUAAGAGGCUUUAAUUAACAUAUUAACUGAGUGCCCCCAUUGAAGAACUUAGUUAGCACCCCCAUAGCUCCUCCAACCAAAAUGUCUGACGCUGCCCCUGAUCUAAACCAAAAAAGCUGGAUUAGUGCAAGAAGAAACAAAUCUGUAUCCUUUGUAAUGUAAAAGCAAAUUGUAAAUUCAAAAUUUGUAUAUUUUUUUUUCUAAGGACUUAUAAUGCUCAUAAGCAUUUAGCAUUACUGAUGUUAGUUAAUUAUUGAAAUGUAUUAUGGUCUAUUUCAUUUUGCCUCCAAUCCUCGAUAUUUGAACAUUCUGAUAAUAUAGCAUUUUAAGGGGUUCAUGGCAUACCUAAGUUUAUCAUAUUUUGUGCUUUCUGUUUGAAGUGUUAAGGAUGAGCCAAAAUGCAAAUAUAUGAAACCUUUAAACUUUUGGGGAAUGUUAUGAAGGGUUCAGUUGCUCGUGAAGAAGUGCAUCUUGUACCAAAGCCCCUUGUCCCCCGGUGAUUGCAGACUAAAAUACUUGACUGAAAGAUGCUCCUGUUACGCAUCUCAUUUACAUACGUUUGAGUUAUGGUUGCCUCCACAUGGGAAACUGUCUCACUUCAGGUUACAUUUUAAUGAGUCUGUUUGAAAGUAAAUACCUCCAUUUGAGCUGUGUUUGUUGUCUUUAGAAGAGACAGAUCACUGAUUUAUUUUUACCCCUUUUUUGUACCUUUUACUGCAAACAUUUGAAGUGU